AGCGUUCGUUUUGUUAGCUGCGUUCUCCCGCCGAGGGGGAGGGGCGGGAGAACGCAGCAGCCAGCUGGGGACCGAACCCCGUCCGCUGCCGUCUCUCUGUCUGGGACGUGCCUGCCCUUUCCGCAGGUUGGACUGGCACACAGGCCCCCUGUUGUUCGCAGGAAGAAGGCGCACACCCGCCCCCUUUUUUCUUCAGAUCUGUAAAUAAUAGAACGAAAAGAAAAGACUAAACGAGCAAUAUGGCUGACGCUGGCCCUGCAGAAGGUUUGUUUUUAGAGCAGGAAUGAAGUGGAAACUGUUUCUAUUUGAACCAGACCAAUCAGGUGAUCAAACCAGACGCUCACCGCACAGGAGUCAGACUGCAGGCGGUGUUUUCUGUUCCUGGCCUCCUCGUGGAUGCAUUUGGUGCAUCGCCUUUGCACAGAAACACGGACAAGUUGAUGAUUUUCAGUGAUCCGGUCUUUCUUUUCAUCUACCAGAAUCUGUAAGACCAAUCAGCUGACGGUGCAACCGUGCAGGUUUGGAUUUAGUCCGAGAGCCUGGAAGCUGAGAGGGCAGCUGCUGCACAUCUUCUCUAGACCGCGGCAUCCCUGAGAUCAGUGUCGGAGUUGAACAGCCUCUGAAGAGCUUCGUCACAUACCGUUUCUGUGGCGAUGUCAGCGUCGCUGUCCGUGUUGCUGUCAUCAUCCCCGGGUGAAACUGGCUUGACUCUGGACAGGUUUGUGUUGUAGCUUCGUGGCCGGGCAGCCUGGCUGCCCCUUUGCCUCCAGAUGAAUGAAGAGCCCUCCGGGACACCGAGAAGCAGCUGAUGCAGGGCAUGCAGGUGUUUCUGUAAAUAUGAUGAAGAAAAAGAAUCCACACAAAAAGCACAAGAGCAGUCUGGGCCCGACCACCAAAGUUCUGUCGCAGCCUCGACGUAACAUCGUUGGCUGCAGGAUCCAACACAUCUGGAAGGAAGGAGGAGGACACGUGGUGUGGAAAGGAACCGUUCUGGACCAGGUUCCCGUGAACCCGUCUCUCUAUCUGAUCAAGUACGAUGGAUUUGACUGCGUUUACGGUCUGGAGCUCCAUAAAGACGAGAGGGUUCAGGGUCUGGAGGUUCUGCCCGACAGACUCGCUAAAUCACGCCUGACAGACGUCAGCCUCGCUGACUCCAUGAUCGGUAAAGCUGUGGAGCACAUGUUUGAGACGGAGGAGGGUCCAAAGGAGGAGUGGAGAGGCAUGGUUCUGGCCCGAGCUCCAAUCAUGACCACCUGGUUCUACAUCACCUAUGAGAAGGACCCGGUUCUGUACAUGUACCAGCUGUUGGACGACUACAAAGAAGGAGACCUUCGCAUCAUGCCCGACUCCAAUGACAGCGUCCCGGCGGAGCGCGAGCCCGGGGAGGUGGUGGACAGCCUGGUGGGGAAACAGGUGGAGUACGCCAAAGAGGACGGCGGCAAACGAACAGGCAUGGUCAUCCACCAGGUGGAGGCCAAACCGUCCGUCUACUUCAUCAAGUUCGACGACGACUUCCUCAUUUAUGUGUAUGACCUGGUGAAAACUUCGUAAAGACACUACAGAUGUCCCGAUCCCGCCACCCCCCAUGUGAUGGAAAACAAAAUGCAGCUCAUGUUGACGCAUCUGAAGCAUUUAGCCCUGCUGUUGUCCCUCAGACCAUCAAAGACUGAAAGAGCGGCGACGGCGAGGACAGGCACGUCCACUCUUUUGUUUCUCUUCUGUCCUCCCAGGAUUUUUGACGGUCUUAUUCAAACUCUUAAACUAAAAUAUAUUAUUUUAGUUCCUUUUAAUCCAGAUUUUUUUUUUUGUUUUUGUUUAAAACGUUCCCGGAUGAAGCAAAACCCUCUAAAAGUUGUUUUAGAGCAUUAAACCAAGUAUUUCUGACAGACAUAAAAGAGGUUUUAAAAUCUGAUCUAACCAAACUAAGUAACCAGGAUAAAACCCUUUUAUGUUAACCAGCUUUUCUUUUUGGCCUUUUUUCCCAACCUGAGCCUGAGUACAGCAAAACGAAUCCCAGUGAAGAAAUGUAGCCCGGAUGUUGACGGACGCAGCCGGAUCUCAGAUUGGAUGGAGGAUUCUCAGUCUGGAACAAUCGGGAUGAUGAAGGAGUGCUGUUCGGACUCUUUACGACAGUGUUGAUGACCUCCUCCUCACCCGAAUGGGUAUUCUGCCUCCACGGACGCCCAUUUCUGCCAAACAGACUCAAUUAAAAAAUGGGUAGAAAAUGGUGGAAAUAAGAGAAAAAUCAGUAUUAUUGUAUAAUACAAGAACAACUUCAUGAUCUAUUAACAUACGUAUUGUUAGAAAAUAACUCGGUUUUUUUCAGUUUGAUAAAAGACAAAUUGGCUUUUCUUAAACUUGCUCAGUUUGAUUUUCCAAGUAUAAAACUGAUUGGCUUGAAUCCGAAACUGUAGCUUACAUGAUUACUUAAACUAGUAAAGCUGGGCCCUUGUGCAACAGAUUAAAACGGUAAAAUCACAGUUUAAUCCCAUAACAUCAUAGGGAAAUGAAUCGGAGGUUGGCGGUCCGGCCGCGUCUCAGAAAGAGGAAAAAUGUAAAAUUCGGGGCUUUUAUUGGAACGUUUUAAACGUGUUCCGGUUGUUGUGCAGACCAGAAGGAUUUUCCCAUCUCAUGACGUACUUCUCACACAGGCGGUGUCACAAGUUUCAGCUUUCACACAAAGCAACACAACUCUUCUGGUCUUAGGUAAAAACUGUGAAUUAAAACGUGGCUUUUUGUAUUUUUUGCUUUUCUCAUUGCCAAACGGUUGAUUCUCCUCCUGUUUGUGAAGUUGUUUGAUGUUAAAGAUGAUUGGACUGCUUUUUCAUGUGGUUUCACUAAAGCCUUUAAAGUUAAACGUGCCGUCAUUAAAAAUAAAAAAAAUCAACUGAGGCGCGAUGGAAAGAAUACACAUCCCUACUUGUGAGCCUGGAGCCUUUGAGACUUUGGUGAGCAGACUGAAAAUCUGUGAUUUCUUGGAUUUGAACAAAUAAAACACGCAUUGAAGAGCAGGAAAAAACGUCUUGCAUCCCACCGGGACUGGAAGGAAAAACAUAAUCUGGUCUUUUAGGACUUCUGGAAAAGACGAGGGAAAGUCAAGUUUUCACAUCGAGGGCAACAGAAAGAACGCCGGAGACCGGUUUUUGGUUCACAUUUACUUUUGAAUCAGAUCUGAAAUGAGCUAAUCCCCGUUUGUAAUCACACUCCGGUUUUCACAUCCAGAUAAGGUCUGUCUCAGUAAGACUCAAUGGUGUCUAUGAAGAGUUUAGCAGCCAGUGAAGGUCUGAACUUCUGUUUUUAUAUAUUUUCUGUGGAUUUAUUCCAGACUGAAGGUUUUCCAGCAACCCCUGUUCUGUACUGAUGGGAACGUGUUAAAAAGCUAAAUCGUUUAUUUAUUCCUGUUUGUUCUGUUUGCUAAAGAAAAUCCCUGUUUGAAUUUUAAUCAUUCAGAUAAAGUGUCUUUAUUUUCUUACAGUCAAUAGUUGUAAAAUACAAACUAUAACAUUAAACUCCUUAUAUUUACUAGUGAUUGCUGGAAGAUUACUGCAUUAAAAUGGAUCUAAUCAGGAAAACAAAAUCCGAAAGACUAAAAUAAACUUAUUCGUAAAAAUUCGUAAAACAUAUGAACACAUUUAAAUUUUCCCUUUUUUGACUAAAUUGUGUAAACUAGAGAAUUGUUACAGUUCAGUUAGCUUUGCAGGAUUUAUUUUAUUUCAUAAAAACAAAAUAAGCAUCUAAAUGAGUAAAUAAAGGCACCUUUUACGUGCUUUACAAUUAGCAUGAAAUGGCACGACAAUAAACAGAACACAAAUUAAACACACAGAAAAUUAUAAUUUAGAGCUAAAAAGCAAAGGACAGAAUUAUGGUUGACAUCACAGAUUAUAGACGAUGCAGCAUAAGAAACCAUUCAUCCAAAGGCUGACUACAUUAGCAACUUUAAAUAAAAAACUGUUUAGUUUCCACUAAAACAUGCAAUAAUCCUUUUUGGGAUUGUCUGCUGUUAAUUCUGUAAUACUGGUGAUGAAUAACUUAAAAAAUGUAUUCUGCUUGAACUAUAAAUUAAACGUUUUUAUGAAAGCAGAUAGCUAGCUAGCGAGCUAAAUGCUAACUCUGCUGGGCCAUUGCGUAACAGUCACAAACACCUGGAACGGAAUCUAGCUGAUCAGACGCACCUUACGUUUGUUUUAUUGAUUGAUCAAACUUAACCAACUAGUACUGUUGUGCUAGCUAGCUAUCGUUUAGGUUCACGAAGUUAUCACCACAGUUCUUCCAAAACAUCGGAUUGAUUUUAUCGGACAGAAAACGGUUGUGUGUAACACCUUCAGUGUGUGUACUUCCUGUGGUGUAGUUGGUUUCUGGGGUAAAUUCUGUUCUUUUAUAUGUUAAAAAAAAAAGAAAAGAAAAUAUUUCCAGAGAUUUUCUGGUCUCUGAUGUUGUGCAUCUGUUUUUUAAUGAAACAGCAGAAAAUCCAGAUUAACAGGAUGCUUCUUGGUUUAGCUAACGGUGGUGAGACCAGAUUAAUGUGGUUGAUGUGGGAACGAAGUGGGCCUUCAUCGUCCUUCUGCCUUGUAUUGCUUGUUUUUGUAUGUUAAAUAUGUAUGUUGAUCAUUUUUAUUGUUAAUGGACAAACUGA